AUGGAGGACCUUCCUGGAUACUCUCGCUACUCACGGGCAGCACAAGCACGGGCGUCAAGCAGCAACGCUAGCAGCGGUAACAGCCGUUCUGGCUCGACUUUUUCUAUAUCAUUAGAGGAUAGCAAGGCCCACAAGUGGUUGACAUUACACGUCCUCAAUCGGUCACCGAAUCCAACGUCUCUGCCGCGUUUUUAUCAGGGUGACAAGAUCGUCGGGUAUGUCGAUUUGGACGUUCUCAAGUCCGAGCCAAUCAAGGCUAUCACUAUCAAGGUCACGGCUGGGACAACCUUCGUCGGGCAGGAAGAGGACGAGUUUCUUAAAAUUGAGAACGAACUAUGGAAUCCUUCAGUCCUUCUCCCAGACGGAUCCAAAGUUUCUAAAUUCGAAAAAGGAACUUAUUCGUGGCCGUUCCUGAUAUCCCUCCCCUCCGAGGUAGAGGUACUAGAUGGAAAGGUCAAGAAAACCUUUCCUCUCCCCGCCACAUUCUCAGAAAGAGCCAGCGCCGGAUAUCUCGACUAUAAACUCACCGUCACGAUCAAACGCAAGGGUUUGAACGUCAACAAGACCCUCGUAACAUCGUUUGCCUACGUACCUGUGGUAAGAGCCCAACCGCCGUCGCCAUUGUUCCAGAAGGCUAUUAAAGAGAACCUACCCCUUCUUGGACCCGAGGAUGACCCCGCAGGAUGGCAUGUUUUACCUGCCGUCAACAUUCGUGGAACCCUAUUCGAUUCACGGCAAGUCGAAGUAACGUGCACCUUAGCUCUCGCCAACCCAUUGACGUACGCUCGUGGAACUUCUGCACCUGUCUGGUUAACCUUGACAGGUACAGACGCACAAGCACUUAAUGCACUCUCCUCUCCAUCGACGAUCAGACUUUCCCUUGUCAGGUCGCUCGCUACGGGAUCGGAUGCGACGGUGGAACUGGACGAUUCUGAGCGAAGGACGGACAACUUUUUCCUCGAGACUGUGUCAAAAGGGGUGUUUUGGCCAGCAGCGGAUGGAUCGUCGAGAGGGGGUGCGGUGGGGAAAAGGGUUUUGCAAGGCGAGGUGGAGGUGAAGAGGUCAUCGAAGCCGAGCUGUUUGUUUCCUAAGUUCACGACACGGUACCGCAUGGAGCUUCGCCCUUUCGAAGCACCUGGAUUCGUCCCUACCGUAUCUGGUACUACUACUACGUCGUCAUCUCGCUGGUCAUCCAAGUUCAAAUUCCCGUUGAACGCUAUCUCAAUGACGCCCCUCCUGAAACACCCAGUGACAAUAGUCAACUUCCCUGCGCGAAGUACUACUCUUCGUUCACGCGUGCCUCCAGAGUAUGUACAAGGAAAAGGCGUAGAUUGCAACAAUUCUGUGGGGUUAUUGGAGAACGGUAACCGGUGGUUUUAUCACCAUGGGGGAGACAGAUAG